AUGAGUCCGAUUCAUUUGAAAGUGAUAAUAUUGAUGCUGUGUGUGGCAUUCAAGGUUGUUGGUGGUGAGCAUGAGAUUAAGUGCUUAGAAAGGGAGAGGGAAGCACUCCUCCGAUUCAAAGCUUCCCUUCAUGAUCCCCAUGGCAUGCUCUCGUCUUGGACCACUGCUCAUUGCUGCCAAUGGAAAGGGAUUCGCUGCAACAACCUCACUGCUAAUGUCGUUAGCCUCGACCUUCACGGUGAGUAUGAUUAUGAUGAAACUCAAUCAGGCCCUUAUAUCAGUGGAGAGAUCCACGAGUCAUUGGUUGAGUUGCAACAAUUAAAGUAUUUGAACCUCAGUCAUAAUUAUUUUUCAAACAUCCCAGAGUUUCUUGGUUCUCUCAGCAACUUGAGAUACCUUGAUCUCUCAUGGGACUAUUUUGGCGGAAAAAUUCCAAGUCAGUUUGGGUCUCUUUCUCAUUUGAAAUACUUGAAUCUAGCUGGGAAUGAUCUUGAGGGUUCAAUCCCUCCCCAACUUGGAAAUCUCUCAAAGUUGGAAUAUCUUGACCUCAGCUCCAACCGUUUUGAAGGAAAUAUACCAUCCCAAAUCGGAAAUCUCUCCAAGUUGGAACAUCUUGACCUCAGCUCCAACUCUUUUGAAGAAAAUAUUCCAUCCGAACUUGGGAAUCUUUCAAACUUACAACAGCUUUAUCUUGAUGAUGGAGUUCUCAACGAUGGGGGUAAGUGGUUGUCUAAUCUCAUUUCUUUAACCCAUCUUUACUUGAGGUCCAUAUAUGGUCUUAGUUCUCAUAGUUGGCUGCAAAAGCUACCAAAACUAAGAGAGCUACGCUUAAUUGAUUGUAGUCUUUCUGAUCAUUUUAUCCUUUCAUCGAGGCCUUCCAAAUUCAACUUUUCUACUUCCCUUUUGGCCAUUGAUCUUUCUCAAAACACCUUCACGUCACCCAUGAUAUUCAAGUGGGUGACAAAUAUCACUUCCAAUCUUGUUGAGCUAGACCUUGCUGGUAACAACUUGAAGGGUUCUGUAUCCAAUCAUUUUGGCAUGGCAAUGAAUUCUCUUGAGCACCUUGACCUUUCACUUAAUAAUUUCAAGGGUGACGUUCUAAAAUCUUUCAUGAAUAUAUGCACUUUACAAUCUUUAAAAAUGACAGAAAAUAAUUUUACUGAAGACCUUCCAUCAAUUCUUCAUCAUUUGUCUAGUGGAUGCAUUGGAUACUCGCUACAAGACUUGGAUUUGUCAGACAAUUAUAUUACUGGAUCUUUAUCUAACCUUUCAACAUUUUUAGCUUUGAAGUCAUUGGAUCUUUCAUUUAAUCAAUUAAAUGAAAAGAUAACAGAAGGUACCAAAUUGCCAUUUCAAUUGGAAUCUUUAUCAAUCUCAUCAAAUCUUCUUGAAGGUAGAAUUCCCAAAUCGUUUGGCAAUGCAUGUGCCUUAAGCACCUUAGACAUGAGAGAUAAUAACUUGAGUGAUGAGCUUUCAACAACAAUACAUCACUUGUCUGGAUGUGCUAAAUACUCGCUACAAGAAUUAAACUUAGAAGGAAAUCAAAUUAAUGGUACGUUUCCUGACCUUUCAACAUUUUCAGCUUUGAAAUCAUUGGAUCUUUCAUUUAAUCGAUUAAAUGGAAAGAUAAUAGAAGGUAGCAAAUUGCCAACUCAAUUGGAAUCUUUAUUAAUUGGAUCAAACUUUCUAGAGGGUGGAAUUCCAAAAUCAUUUGGCAAUGCAUGUGCUUUGCGCAUAUUGGACAUGAGCAAUAAUAGCUUGAGUGAAGAAUUUUCAAUGAUAAUUCAUCACUUAUCUGGAUGUGCUAGAUAUUCAUUGGAACAAUUAUAUCUAAGCAUGAAUAAAAUCAGUGGCACACUACCUGACCUUUCAAUAUUCUCAUCUUUGAAAAAGUUGUGUGUUGAUACAAACAUGCUAAAUGGAGAGAUUCAUAAAGACAUUCAAUUUCCACCUCUUCUAGAGGACCUACAGAUGCAAUCAAAUUCGUUAUAUGGUGUGUUCACUGACCACCAUUUUGUUAAUGUAUCCAAGUUAUCUUACUUGAACCUAUCUGACAACUCAUUAACCUUGACGUUUACCCAAAAUUGGGUCCCACCUUUUCAGCUAAGUUACAUAUACUUACAAUCGUGCAUAUUAGGUCCAACAUUUCCCAAAUGGUUGCAAACACAAAAUGAAAUUAUUGAACUUGACAUUUCAAAUGCUACAAUAUUGGAUAUGGUUCCAAGGUGGUUUUGGGCUAAAUUGACUUUAGGAAAUAUCAUUUCAAUAGACAUUUCAUACAAUAGUCUGUGUGGUAUAAUUCCAAACUUUUCUGAAAAGAAGACGGUUUCUGACUUAAAUAUUGCAUCAAAUCAAUUUGAAGGUCCUAUUCCACCAUUUUUACGAGGUUCCCAGUCUCUUGAUUUAUCUAAUAAUAAUUUUUCAUAUUCUCGUUCAUUUAUGUGUGCUAAUGGUUCUGAUGAAACAUUAGGUCGUUUAGACCUUUCAAAUAAUCAUCUUUCUGGAGAAAUACCAGAUUGUUGGACCAAAGGCAUUCUUCAUGUGGAAAGGUUCAAAACAAAUAUUCCAAACUACCGAGUUAUCACUUCUAAAAGAAACCAAUUUAUUGGUUCAAUUUCUCAAAGUCUUGCUCAAAUUGAUCGACUCACUGUGUUAGAUUUGUCACAUAAUCAUCUAACUGGAGUUAUUCCAACUAGCACACAACUACAAAGUUUCAAUAUCUCAAGUUAUGAAGAUAAUCUUAAUCUUUGUGGACUGCCAUUGAAAAAAAUUUGCACUGAUGAUGGGCUGUCUAAAGAACCUCAAGAAUCAGGCAUUGAAAUUCAUGAACAUUCUCUAUUUGACCGUGAAUUUUACAUCAGUAUGGCAUUGGGAUUUACAAUAAGCUUUUGGAUUGUGUUUGGCUCAAUCUUAUUUAAUCGUUCUUGGAGACAUGCUUAUUUCAAGUUCUUUAAUAGCGGUAAAAUUCGCCAACUGCAAAUGAAGCAAGUAGAUUAA